AUGUUGCGACCUAAAACUGUCGUCCCCCUCAUCGCCCUCCUCACUAUCGGCUUCUUCUUCUGGGCCGUCGAACGCUAUGAUCGCGCAGCGUUCCUCCGAUUUAAACAUCCCGUCGACCGGGUUACUUCCUCAUCUCCUACUCAAAUUCAAUUACCCGAAGCUCAAGCAUCGGCUGCCCCUAAGAAGACUUGCGAUAUUGAACCUGGUACCACUGCCCCUCUGCCUAUGAGUGAAUGGCUUCCUCGCAAGAACUACACUCGUGCCUACUUCCGUCCUCGCCAUGUUGGCCCCAAGACCGAGUUCCACUCGCUUGAGGAUAUUGCUGCGCCAGUUCUGCCGCCUUUCAAGGCUAUGGAGCGUGGUAUGGUGAUCUCUCCCGAUAACGAGGAUCCCACGUUGCCCUGCCCCAACAUCAUUGAUGUGGAUGUGGCGGCCGAUCACGAUGCGGAUGAAACCUCCAAGAUGCUGUUUGGUCUGGCCACGACUGCUGACCGUUUGGACCGUCUUCUUCCUACUCUCCUCUACUCGUACGGUGGUACCAAGGCUUCUCUGAUUGUUCUCGUUCCUGAGUCCGACGACGACUUGGACAAGCAGGAGACCUACUUCCGCAACCGUGGCUUGGAUGUUACUCUCAUCGCAUCUCCUCUUGAUUUCACCGCUCGUUACUUUGGUAUGGUUGAGGCAUUUGCCAACCACAUCCGCAACAAGCGCCCUCAAACCACCUGGGUUGGCUUCAUGGAUGACGACACUUUCUUCCUCUCUCUGCCCACUAUCGCUCAGGAGCUGAAGCUCUUUGAUGUCAACAAGAAGCACUACAUUGGUUCUCUUUCGGAAGCCAGCUGGCAAGUCGAUGCCUUCGGUAACAUCGCCUUUGGAGGUGCCGGUGUCUUCGUCUCGAAGCCCCUGCUGGACGUUUUGGAGACCUACUACGAUGAGUGCCAGUCGUGGGGUGAGCAGCCCGGUGACCAGAAGCUUGGCCAGUGUAUCCAGCGAUUCGGAGAGACCCCUCUUACCCUCUGGCCCUCGUUGUUCCAGAUGGACAUGAAGGGUGACGUCGACGGUGUCUACGAGUCGGGCCGCAAGAUUGAAUCCAUGCACCACUGGAACAGUUGGUACAACAAGGAUGUCGUGAAGAUGACCACCGUGGCAGCAGCUGCUGGUCGUCGGUCAGUGCUCCGCCGCUGGGUCUUUGACCAAGAGGAGCAUGUGAACGCUCUUACCGGAAAGUCUACUCGCACUUUCUGGGUCUUGACCAACGGUAUCUCGCUGAUCAAGUACACCUAUGAUGAGAACACGCCUGAUGACGCCAUCAACUUUGACCACACCGAGAAGACCUGGGAGGAAGAUGCUCGCGGUUACGAAUCCCGCCUUGGACCCCUCCGCCCUGUCGAGCAGGAAGGCAUUCUCAAGGACCGAUGGGUACUCCGCGAGGCCUUUGUUGUUGGUGAUAAUGUGCACCAGUGGUAUGUGCGUGAAGAAGACGAGGGCCACAGCGUCAUUGAGAUCGUCUGGCUUGGCCCCAAGGGCGGUGGUGGUGCCGGCGUGGGAGGCUACGCUGUGAAGGCUUAA